CGAAAUAGUGUUUACAGUAGCGGUUAACCGAUUGUUUUUAAAAAAAACAUGUGUGGUAUAUUUUGCGGCAUAAAUUGUGGAAUAUCAACAAACGAUAGACUUGUUGAAGUCCUGAAACGAAGAGGUCCAGAUUUCAUAAAUUUUCUGAAGUUAAUAAAAGAUAAUGUAUCUUUAGAGUUUGCUGCUUCAGUGCUAUGGCAACAAGGAGAAAAUCUUUGUCCACAGCCUUUGGAAACACCUAAUUUUAUCACUAUAUUCAAUGGCGACAUUUUCAACAUUACUGAUAAAUCUCCUGAAUCCUCUGAUACCGAAUGGUUGACAAAACAAAUAUCGGAAUGUGACGAUGAAAGCAGUAUAUGCCAUUUAAUUGAAUCUUUGGAGGGCCCUUUUAGUGUAAUAUUUUACAAUAAAAGUACUCACCUUCUUUAUGUAUGCAGAGAUUCUCUGGGCCGUAAUUCUCUUUUAAUAGAAAAAGAAGCUGAAAUGUUCCGUUUUCUGAGUACUUCAUAUAAUUUUGAGAAUGGCGUAGUAACGGAGUUACCACCGCUGGGGUUGUACGCGAUUGAUGUUACUUCGGUUACAAAUUGGAAAUUAUUUCCAUGGAAACAACGGUCGGAUGUGCUGUUUGAUGAAUUAAAAAAACUAAAUGAUAUUUUCGGAAUAACUGUAUUGAUUGAGGACUACGUGAAACCCAAUUCACUUUCUAAUAAUGUUGAACCAAAGAAAUCAUUUGAUUUAUUCGACAUAUGCAGAAACCUUGACACCAGCACCCCUCCCCCAGAAUUGUUUGAAACGUUAUUGAAAAACCAAAAUAUAUUAUAUGAGCUGCAACAAUUUUCAAUAUUACUUGAAGGGUCUGUAAAAAAUCGGGUUUGUCAAACUCCGCAAUAUUGCAUCAAUUGUCUGCGUGAUCGACGGGAUUGCAAUCAUGCUAAGGUUGCUGUUCUAUUUUCCGGAGGCAUUGACUGUUCAAUACUUGCAAUAUUAUCACAUAAAUAUGUUAAUGAAAACGAUGCUAUUGAUCUAAUAAAUGUUGCUUUCGAAAAAGUUGGUUCUAGUUCAGAAUCAGAUUGGGACGUUCCUGAUCGGUUGUCCGCUAAAGCAUCUCUGUCAGAGUUAAAACAACUGUUUCCACAAAGGCGGUGGAACUAUGUUGAAGUUAAUGUAUCUCGAGAAGAACUUAAUCACAAUUUGCAAAAUCAUAUUAAACACCUUAUAUAUCCAUUAAAUACGGUCUUAGACGAAUCCAUUGGUUGUGCAUUUUGGUUUGCUUCUCGUGGUAAUGGAUUGGUUUUACAAAAGGAGUAUAUUUCACCAGCCAGGGUCGUUUUAGUGGGAAGUGGAGCUGAUGAGCUUUUCGGAGGUUACACACGCCACAGAAAUGCAUUUUGCCGUUUUAAAGGUACUGAAGCAGAGAAACUAGAAAAUCUUCAUAGAGAAUUAGAGAAAGAUUGGAACCGAAUCUGGGCUCGCAACUUGGGUCGUGAUGACAGAGUAGUAGCAGAUAAUGGUAAAACUCUAAGAGCGCCUUUUAUUGAGGAACAUCUUGUUGAAAAUAUUCGCCGCUUUUCACCUUCCCAGCUAUGUUGUUUUCUUCUGAAAGAAGGAAUUGGAGAUAAAUUGUUUUUGAGGCUUUACGGGUUUCAAUUAGGUUUGAAAACUGCAUCGUAUUUAAAGAAGAGGGCAAUACAAUUCGGUUCAAGAAUAGCUAAUAAAAAACAAAAUGCAGCUGAUCGUUCAGUUUACUUAUAAUAUUUAACAAAAUAAUUAAUUUGU